AUGAAUUUCGAUAAAAGUCUAAAAAAUAGACAGACUCUAUCGUUUACAGGAUUUUCUCCAGCAAAAUCAAAUAUUAAUAUCGAGGCUUCUCGAAAGAAUCUGCAAAGUUCAUCCUUUGGAUCGCCACAUCAUGCAUCAUCUCUUGAGGUUUAAUUGAAAUAGGAAUUUGAAACUUAAUAUAAUGAAAGAAUUUUAACAAUGCGAAGCUUUUAUGAUAUGAAAUAUCAAACACUCUUCGAAACUGUCAAGGAAGCACUCGAUAAGAUCAUGAAUGAUGAAUUAAUUGACACUAUGAGACAAGACAUCACCUCACAAGAGUUUGUUUAUCAAAGAGUUAAAGAGAUGUUCGAGGAGAUAAUACUGAGUGAAAGAGAAGUCCUGAUAGAAAAGCUCUCCUCUUAAUAUGCGUAUCUCAAAAUGGAAUUUGGAAAAAUUGAAUAAGAUAAAAGAAAAGUAUCAUUAUGGUCAAAUAUGUAGUUAGCAAUAGAAUUAUAAGUUCUAUAGGAUGAGUAAGCUGACAAGGAAGCCUAGGCAUAAAAUUAGGUUCAAUAGGCUUAAGAACAAAUUUCUUAUUUAUAACAGAAUAAUGAUUAACUGAAUAACAAGGUUUCACAAUUAGAAUAAAAACUGUCAUCUGCUAGUUAAACUGCCAAGGAGAUUUAACAACUCUAGACAACUGCUAAAGAGUAUAACAUUCUAAAGGAAGAAUAUGAAUAAUUAGUUUAAACAAAUGAAAAAUUAUAAUAAAUUAAUAAAUAGCAAGUUUAAGAGAUAGAAUAAUUACAUAAGAUAAGUGAAAAUUUGUAGUUAAAAGUAUAGUAAUUGAAUAAAAUUUAUUAAGAAUUAGAGGGUGAGGUGAUUUCAUAUAAAAAAAAGUCAACUGAUUCAGAAGCUAAGACAUAAUUUACUAUUUCAAAUUUGUAAAAUCAAUUAGAAGCAGUAACUUUACAAUUCAAUUAAUAAAAAGGAGAUUAUGAAAAAAGGUUGGAAAAGGAGGCUUAGACCUUUUAGAAUGAAAUCAAUAAAUUAAGUUAAAAAUUACAAAGGAAAAAGGAGAAAUCGACAUUCCACAAAUAAAAUGCCAAAUAAUUAUAAAUUAGAUUAGAUUAGCUCAUCAGGGACCAUGCUGAAUAGUUGUAAAAUGAAACUCAAUAGUUUUAAAGAAAGAUUAAUGAAUUGUAAUAAUAGAAUCAACUACAAUUACAAUAAGCUCAAAAGUCAAUUGAUGAUUUGAAAGAAUCUCAUGAUAAAAAUAUUUAUAGUUUAAGAAACUAAUUCGAAUAAAUAAACAAACAAUAAUGUGAUGAUUCAGAUAAGUAAAAAAUCAAUUUAUUGAAUGAAUUGGAUAGAGUUUAAAGUGAACUUGAAUCAGUAGUUUUAUAAUAACAAUAAUAAAUUGAAAGCAAUUAUAUUCCUAAAAUCCAAUAUGAAUAGUAAGUCAAAGAACUAUAAAAGAAAAUAACAGAGUUGAAUUAAAAACUUAGGGAGUAGGAUGCUCUUAUGAAAAACUAACAGGAUGAAUUUGAAAACUAUAAGGAACUAUGGAACAGACAACAAAAUAAAUUACAUUUGGAUGUUAAAGAUAGAAAUGAAAUUUAAGAAUAACUUUUAGCAAGAGAAGAAACCAUUAAUAAUCAAAAUAAAUAGAUAUCUUAAUUAACUUAAUAAGUUAAGAUGUUGGAAUCUGAUUAUUAAAGAUUGUAAGAGAGAUCCAAAUAAUAAUUAGAAUAUAUUGAAGAAUUAAAGAAUGACGUAAGUAAUCGUUAAAGUGAAGUUCUUAAAAUCUAAAAAUAAUUAAAGCAAUAAAAGGAUGAACUUAUGGAAUAAUACAGAUAGUUGGAGGGAGAAAACAAAACCAAAAAUGAUAAAGUUCAAUUAUUAAACUCAUAAUUAGAAAAAUUAUUGAAUGAAUCAUCAGAAAACGAAAAAUUACUUAAUUACAAAAGUAAGGAACUCCAACAAUUAGAAGAGGAACUUAUGCAAUAUCAAAAUUAUAAGCGCAAUGCCUAACAAUUAUCAGAAGAAAAUGAUUAAUUAAGAAUCUAAAUAGACAAACUAAUUAAUAUAUAGGAGUUAUAAGAAUAAAAAUAGGAAGAAAUUAAAAAGUAAUUAGAUACUGAGUAAAAAUAAAAGAAUCAAUUGAUUUUGAACAAUGAAUCACUCAUGUAAAGACAUUAAAAGUAUGUGAAAACUAUCAAAGAAUAAAGAAAAUACAUUAAAAGACGAAUUGUUAGUGAACUCUAAAAAAUAAAAUAAGAACAUGCCAGUUUAGAACAAUACUUAAGAUAAAUCAUUAGGAUGAAAAACAAUGAAGACAAUUUGUUGAUCGCAUCAAUUGUCACUAAAGUGAAAGAUUUAUGGAACAGAAAGGAAAUAUAACAUGAAAAUGAAAUAUUAAAAAUAAGGAAUGAAAUAUUUGAUUAAUAUAGUGGAAGUGCAUCACAUUUAAGAACUGCAUAUGAGUAAACUCUAGAUGAGACUUAAAAAUAAUUUGAAUAGUAAAUAGAGAAUUUAAGAGAUGCAAAAGAAAAGAUGGAGGAUGAAAAUAAAGAGUUAUUGCAUGAAUUAUAGAAGGUACAAGUCAUCUUAGAAGAUUAAUCAGCUUUGAUUACAAAUUUGAAGAAUGAAAAUAAAACAUUGAAAAGCAAUGGAAUGCUCAUUGAAAAUGAAUUAUCAAGUACUUUGAAAAAUAUGAAUGAUAUGAAAGAUUCAUUUGAGGAUCAAAUUUAAGAAUUAACAAAACAAUUAAAGAAGUAUGAGAGAAAGCAGUAACAUUAAUAAGAUCUGAAAGGCUAAAUUGAUAAUUUAUAAAAUGAAUUAGAAAAAUUAAGAACUCUUAAUAGGUCCAAUACGUAGGAGACAGAAAGUAGAAUUGCCAAAUUAGUAAAGUAACAAUAAUCAGAAGUUCAAUUGUUGGUCAAUCAAUUCUAAAGAGAGCAAAUAAAACUUAGAUAGGAAUAAUCAGAUCUUAAGGAUUAGGUAGCUUAAAAUGAAGAGGUUAUUCAUAAAUUAUAUCAAUCGCUUGAUGAUGUCAAUUAAAUUGUGAAUUAAAAAGAUAAAUAAUUGUAAAAUUUAAUUGAAGACAUUGAACAAGAAAGAGCUUCUGAUUAAUAAAAAAUAACUGAUCUUUAGAAUAAAUUGAGAAAGGAAGAGGAUGAGAUAAAAGCCACUCGAUAGAAAGGUCAAAGAGAUAUUGAAAAGAUUUAACUACAAAUUGCUUCAGCUGAAUCAGAGAUUAGUUAGUUUAAGAUAGAGAACAAAUAACUUAGGAUAUAAUGUGAAUAAUUAGCAGAAGAACUAGAAAAGAAAACAAAGUAAUUUGAUUAAUUGAAUCGAGAAUAUGAAGAUUAGAAAAUUAUUUAAAACUAAGAGAUUGCUGAUUUACAUAGGUUGCUCAAAAUACAAGUCUAAAAUGAUGAUAUGUCAAAUUAUUAUAGUGAAAGUAAGGAAUUGGCUUAAAGAGUUAAAGAAUUAUAAAAAAUUAAUUCAUAAUUCUCUGAUAACAAUUAUCUUAAAAGAUAAGAAUCAUCUAUAUAAAAAUUUGAUAGUUCAAAGAAAUUAAAUUCAAGUAACAACUUGAAACCUCGCCUUGCAAAUUAUACUCCUAUGACUAAAAAAUGA